UAAUAUUUAUCAUCCCUACUUCAGAUUACGCGACCGAAAAGUGGUCUGCGUAAAUUUCUUGCUUUGCUGAUAGGAGACCGACAAUACGAUGCACAAGGUGAUCCGGCAGAUGUCCCAGCUGCGCAUGCAGUCCCAGCUUCCGGGUGCAGCGCUCCUUAAGCCGGCAAACACGUUCAGCCCCAAUCUGAGUCAAUCGCCACCUGCGCUCCCAAAAAGUAUCCACACGGCGGCAGGAGCUGCGGGCGGAACUCUCUGUACCAAGUGGAACAAGCAUAACUACGGUCCGAGGAAGUGGCUGGAGUACAACAAGACGGUCCAUCCGCCGCAGGAACCAGAAGAGGAGCCCCGCAAAGCCUACGUUUGUCACAUGCGCACCAAUAUCAAAUACAGUCCGGACAAGAUGUGGUACAUCGCUGCCUUCGUUCGGGGCAUGUCCGUCGAUGAGGCGCUGAAGCAACUCAACUUUGUCCUCAAAAAGGGGGCCACCGAUGUGCGGGAGACCAUUCUGGAGGCCCAGGAAAUGGCCGUCCAAAGGCACAAUGUGGAGUACAAAAGCAAUCUGUGGAUAGCUGAAUCCUUUGUUGGCAAGGGACGUGUCUUCAAGGGAAUGCGUCGACAUGCCCGCGGUCGUUAUGGCAAGGUGGAGUACAAGCACUGUCACUACUUUGUCCGCCUGGAGGAGGGAAACCCGCCGGAGCACUACUACCAGGAGCCACAGACGCCCGAGCAGCAGUACGAGCACUGGCUGGAGCAGAUGCGCAGCCGGAAGAUCAUCAACUCGCUGUAGUCCAAUCCCGUUGCUUCCACUUUACCACCUGUUCCUGCUCCUCUUCCAAUUCGUCCCUCAUCAAGCAUUUUUUUUGUUUCUAGAUUGUUUAAUUAAAAAAAAGAAAAGAGUAGAUAGGCAUCGAAUUGUACAUUUUGUUUUUUAAGAGUUCGGGCGGCAUGUGGAGUAACUUUUAACGACCCUUAAGCACUUGAUAAUUAAGGAUUUUAAGGAAAAUAAACUACAUAUUAAGAGAGA